AUGAAUAGGUAACUUACACCAGAUGGUACAAAAUCAACAAUGAGAAGUACUAUUUUACCAAAGAUUGUCAAUAAACAAUCUAAAUUAGAAUAACAACAAAGUAUUUACUAAAGUGUAGAUACAGAGAAGUUGUAAAAGAAAACAAGAAAUUUUGAUUUCUCUAAUCUAUAGAGAACAAUUUAGACCAGCUAUUCAAAAAGUAGACAAAAAUAAAGGACAAUCCUCUAACCAUUAUCUAAUACUAUUAAUAAUAGAAUUUAGACUAAAUAACAAUUAAAUAGGAUAAUAAAUUCAUUAAUCAGAAUAAUGUAAAAUGAUGCUGAAUUUAUGAAUUCAUGUAAACAUUUACAUAUGAAUUCAUAAAAAUUAUCAUAAUUAUUACUUAUGCUUACACCAAUUAAUUUUGAGACUGAAGGAUUCUUUACAAUUCAUCGUAAAUUGAAAUAAUAAUAACAAUUAAAUGAACACUCUUAUUUUAUUGAGAUAGAUAGAAUGUUUUUUGCAGUUUCUAAAUUAAAUAUUCCUGUACCAUUAUAACAUUUAAUGUAAUUAUCUUAAUAUAGUGAUUGUCUAUAUUAAGAUAAUUCUUUUGGAAUGAUUGUUAAUUAUUAAUAAAUGCUAUCAAUUUUAAAAUAGGCAUAUCAAGUACAUAAAAAUAUGUUGUCUUAAUAAGAAUUAAGUACAACUACAGCAAGUGAUGAUGAAGAAAGAUUAUCACCAUCUGCUAGAAGUAUGAGUAUAUAAAUAGUAUAUUAGUUGUUUAGAGAUUAUUAUCUCGUAAUACAGCAAGAAAGGUUCAAUUCAAAUAGAAAAGAUUAGGUUAUAUUAAUGAUUAGAAUAUGGUUGCUUAUUAUGAUUCAUUUACUGAUUUAAAAAAGAAAUUAGAGAGAGAUUGGAAUGCAAAGAAUUAUAUUUUUGGAUGUAUUAGAUUUGGUUAUAUUGAUCUUAUUAAAUAUCCACAAUAUGUUGAUCAUUAAACAAAGAAAGAACUCAAAAUAUUUGGAAAAUAGAGAUCAAAAUUACCUAUAUCUAUGCAAGUUGUAUAUAAACAUAAAUCUUAAGUAAUGAAUCAAGAGAAACCAUUAAAUAAAUUGAAUCUAUAUCAACCUAAGAAUAUAUAUUAUGAAUCUUAUACUAAAGAUCCUGAUUUCAUUUCUAGAGUUUAUUAUUUAAAUGUAAUCACAUCAAAUUAUUGAUUAGGUAUUUAGUUUAUCUAAUAAGUUUAAUUCAAUAUAUACUUAUAAUAAUGAUUAAAUAACUGAUUAUAAUAUAAUGCAUUUGGAUAAUAUUUGUAUCAAAAGUUUAUUCACAGAAUAGACAGAAUACAUUUCCAAAGAUUGUGCUUUUGAUGAUUAUUAAGAUGGUUUUCAUAUUAAAAAACGAGAAUAUCGUCCUUUAGAUUUAGAAUAAGCAGAUUCAUCAGGUUCUGAACCUGAUUUAGAUGUUUAUGAUCCACUUUAUGUAAAAAGCAUAUAAUCAUAUCCAUAAUAUUUAAUUGAAUCACAAAUUUAAUUAACAUUUCCAUUACUUUAUAGAUAUUAUUAUUUCAAAAUGUCUACAAAUGCUAAGAUUAUUAGAGAUGAUUAUAUAUAGUAAUAUAGAAUUAUAAUAAUUAUUUUAGAUUAGUUGAUUAAUGUAAGAUUAAACCUGAAUAAUAAUUCAAAGAGAAAUUUGUUAAUGUACCUAGUCCAGAUAAUUGUAAUUAUCAAAGACAUAAAUAUAAAUAACCAGAUACUGUAGAUUUAACUGAUGAAAGUGAUAAUGAAAUUUAUGAAUAACCACUUGAAGCAUUAGAUAAAUAAGAUCUUUCACUUAGUUUCAAAGUUUAACCUUUAAUAAAAGAAGAAGAUUAUAGAGAACAUACUCAAUAUUUAAAGAGUCAAUCAUCAAUAAUAAUUUAAGAUGAAUAAAAAGUCAAUGAUAAAAUUUAAUUUGCUCAUAAUAUUGCUAGUCCAUUCAUUUGUUUAUAAUGUAUUUUACUUCUUAAAUUAGAUAUUAGAUUCUUAUGCACUAUUAUUGUAGUUAAGAUUUCCAUUAUAAAUUCAUAUGUAGAUAAUUCCAUCUAUAGUUGAAAGAUAAUUACCAUUGAAAGAAGUGAAUAUUGAAGCCAGUACUAUCAUUAUAGAUAAUACUUUAACUAUUGAUUAAGGUAUUAAAGAUUUGGAAUCAUAUCCUAUAAUUGAUAUAGAUUCUGAAGAAGAACCAAGUUUUGAUGAAAUGCCACUUGAAAUUGAUUUACCAGAAUAAGUAGAAUAAUAGACAAUUGAAUAAAAGAAUGAAGAUGAUGAAGAAAUUACAAUUGACAAAGUUACUGAAUAUGUAGAUUUGGAAAUUAAAGAAAAUUUAAUUAUUGAAGUUAAAAAUGAAUAUGUAAGUAAACUUGUUAUUGAUGGAUAUCCUAUCUAUUUUUAUUUAGAUGAACAUUUAAGAAAAACAGAACCAACCAUACAUAAGGUUACUAUGGAAGGUAAAGAAAUUUAAUCAAUUUAAAUAUGCUGUGAAUAAAAAGGAUCUAAAAUAUAUAUGAAAUUAUUUGCAAUUAAAGCUUUGUGUGAUUAGAGAUUAGAAAGCAAUAUAGAUAAAAAAUUAAAUUAUGAAGAAGAGGAUAAAUAAAUCAAUAUAUAUGAACCAAUAUCAUUACCUGAAUAAUGGAAUCAAGGUUAAUUUGUUAUUAAUUUAUAUUACUUAUAAAGAGAAGACAUGAAUUAAAAUGUUGAAUGGCUCAAAAGAGUUUUAACAACUUAUUUUCCUUAAAUUAUUAUUGUUGAAGAAUAUAGUGAAUCUUUUGAAGCAUAUAUAUAUGGAGUAGGUCCUAAAGAUUUUAGAGAUGCAAAUGGAAGAACAUUACUUUUUAGAAAAGACACAGAAGAUUGGUAAAAUAUCAAUAUUAUUUCAGGAAUUAAUUUAAUUAAGAAUUUCAAUUUAAGACCCUCUUAAUUUAUGAUACAAUAUGCUACUUAAUUAGUCUUUAUGGUUCAAUUGAUUAAUUAAGUUUUGUUUAAAAUAAAUAUAUUUCAGAAAACCAUUCAAAGCAUACAAAAUCAAAAUUUGAAAAAUUACACUUACAUCCAUACAAAUAUGUAGAGAAUGUAGAAAGGGAACGCAUUAGACCAACAACUGGUUAUAGCAAAGCUGGACCAAGAAGAUAAAAUUAUUGA